AUGUCGUCGUCGUCGUCGUCGUCGUCCACUUCUGUUGGCUCGACAACUGCGGCGACUUCGUCGUACGUGUUGCCCCAGACUGCAUCAUUAGAAACUGCAUCUCCCGCAUUGGCCUCUCCCUUGGGCCCUGCCCCAUUGGCAAGUAUAACGCCAGUAGUGGGAGCUGGCGGACCCGCAUCUGGGAUCGCAAGCGCCUCGGCGUCGUUGUCGAGCGCUGCGCCGGCCUCCGCGUCUGAGCUUAUCGCAAAUUUGAUGAAAGUGGGCUUGCUUCCAUCGUCGUCUGCCGCACAAGUACCUGCAACCUCCGAGCCUUCCGCCGUUGGUGCUGGUUCUACGCCAAGUCAAGACAAGGCUUAUACCGAUUAUAUCAUGUCACUUGAUCUGAGUAUGGUUACGGCUGACCUUUCGAAACCCGCGCCGGAGCUGGAAAUCCUCUUGCAAGAGCAUUUACCCCACCCAUGUCGGCAGUGCGCUAACCGAUACCCAGGAGGUGAGGCUGGUAAGCACAGCCUUGAUGACCAUUUGGACUGGCACUUCACGAAUAACCGCCGAGCCCGAGCAACGCUCGCGCGUGGGCAAAGCCGUGCGUGGCUGGAUCCGGCCGUACGAUGGGUGCGUAGUGGAUUUGACGAUGUGAUGCCCACAUCGAAAGAUGCGCAUCAAUGGGACCUGGACGACCCAGCAGCUGAAAAAGCGUUACGAGAGAAAAUGGCUCAUGCGUUCGUAAUUGUGCCCCACGGCUCAGAGCUAGCAUCGCGGCCGUGUCGGAUCUGCAAAGAGCCAUUUCAGAGUGAAUGGAGUGAAGAGGUGGAGGAGUGGAUCUGGCGGAAUGCUGUGCUUAUAGAUGGCGAGUAUUACCACGCUAGCUGCUACUAUUCAGCAAAAAGCAUGUCAGAUGUUGUCAGUGCUACUCGUUUGGCUGCAACUGCUGCAUCAGCUGCUACGGCUCUGUCGGCAACCGCAGCCAUUCACGCGCCAUCGUCGCCAGGGAAGGCGGAGCAGAAUGCACACUGUGACGUCGCUGGAGACGUCGCUGGAGACGCCGACGCAGAUCUUGAUGCGCAACGCAAGCGCAAGGCCACGUCACCACCACCCAUGGUAGAGCCGAGCCCAUCGUCAUCGGCGACCAAUCCGCCGCCGCACAAGAAACCGUCCAUUGUCAAGGAAGAACAUGCAUGUACAUAA